CGCCCCAUCGGAAAAUCGGCGCUGCUGGCGCUAAACAUGGCGCAGAUCUCUUGGAUUAUAAUUUUUGGUGUUUGUGAUUGCAAGUACUUAUUUUUUACGUCGUGAAAUCAAGGUCGCAGUGUGUUGUGCACUUUUACGGACCAAAUGUUGAGCGUCUUCGCGCUAGCAGCAACACUGCCCGAGGCCCUUGGGACGCUCCACCGAGGCCGAUGUCGAGAUGGAAGCAAGACUGGAUAGGCCCACGGACGAAGGCAGCAGUGACAGCACAGCUGCCUGUCUGCCACCGCACACAGCCGCGGCCUCCUCGCCUGCGGUGGCCGACAGCACACAGGGCAGUGCCGCGGAAGAAGAGCCCCGUCAUGUGACUGAGAAGCCCAGUUCCUCGGAACGGUCUGGUGCUGGAACUGGAGAGAGUGUCCCCGAGGGAGGAGGCACAGGUGUCACGGACGAUGAUGGCCAAGGCCAGCGUGACGGAACGCCCGCACGUCAGGCUGGAGACUCUCCCAAGGCGUCCAGCCUGCCAUCAGCGUCAUCUGGCAGAGACGGCGGUGGUGUGGUGUCGCCCCUUGUGGUGAAAAGAGGCCCCGGCAGACCGCGAAAGGAUGGUAGUAGCCCCGUGCAACGCAAGAAGCUUCACAGCUUCCCUGGCCGGCCCAGGGUGCGAUCGCGGAAGCCGAGCUUGCUGUCGCUGGCAGGCAGCAGCGGCCAAACGCCACCUGGUGGUUCCUUGUUGGACCAGCCUCCGGCCUCCUACGAUAUGGAGCUGGAGCAUUCAGCGCAACCCCCGCUGACGCCUCAAGCCAGCAUGUCCAUGUCUGACAGUGCACAUUAUGAUCAACCUGGUCAUGGAGAAUCUCCGCAUGAGAAGCAAGACGAGAUGUCACCAGAAGGAUCUGAGCGUGUGUGUGCACUGUGCAACCUGGGCGAGAGCAGCUCCAUGGGUCAGGGCAAGCUGGUGCGCUUCGAGCCCACCCUAGGCUUCCAGCCAUUCCGCAGGGCGGCCAAGCUGGUGCAGCGGGGGGCCUUGUCCACCGAGGAUCGCACCCCCACUUUGCAAGGGAGCACCACGCCCCCUGUGCGCCGAGGUGGGAAGGGGCUCCGGCUGUCCAGGGGGAAGCCUCUCUCUCGACUGUCUGCCGAGUUCAAGCCUCCAAAUACCUCUGAGGAGAUGCUGACAGUGGGCUUUGCAGAAGAACCUGAUGUUGGGACAAUAUUUGAGCCUUCAGGCCAUACGUAUGUUCACCGAAACUGUGCCGCAUGGUCGGAAGGCGUUUGCCCUGGAGAAGAUGACAGCCUCAUUCACGUUGACAAAGCUGUCUUCUAUGGAAUGUCUCAGAUUUGUAGUGGGUGUCAAAAGUAUGGAGCAAGUAUUCGGUGCCACUUACCAGACUGUGGCAUGAUCUUUCAUUUCCCUUGUGCAGCAGCCUAUGGUUGUUUUCAAGACAUGAAGGCCCUGAUACUUCUCUGCCCGUCCCAUGCUGACAAAGCCGUGUCCUACGUGGGUUCGCAGGCCAAUUGCCAGUCCUGUGAAGAGAUGGUGUCCGUGCCUGAACUGCUCUUCUGCACCGUGUGCGGUGCCCACUACCAUGGUUUCUGCCUGGAUCCCUCUGUGGUCGUCACGCCAAGCUCUCGGCUCGGCUGGCAGUGUCCCGACUGCAAGACCUGUCAGUGUUGCAGGCAAACUGGCGAUGAUGCCCGGCUUCUGACUUGCGACGUCUGCGACAAGGCCUAUCAUGUCUACUGUGUGAAGCCAAUGGUAGCCAAUGUUCCAAAGCAUGGCUGGAAAUGUCAGAGUUGCCGGGUGUGUGGGGACUGUGGCUCGCGAACCCCGGGGAGCGGGCCCAGCUCCCGCUGGCACAUGAACUACUCGGUGUGUGACAGCUGCUACCAGCAGCGCAAUAAAGGUGUCGCCUGUCCGCUGUGCGGCAAGGCCUACCGGCAGUUCAACAACCGAGCGGACAUGGCCCAGUGCACCGUGUGCCGAAAGUUCAUUCACGUUGAAUGCGACAGCCAGCUUGCAAGCACUCCCAAAGAUGCCGACUACGUUUGUCCAGUGUGUAGCAACAUGAGGCAGCAGGCGGCGAUAUCACUGCCUGGCAAGACUGAGCUGUCUGUGAGAUUGAGGGUGCCAGCCUCGGACGGGUCACCUGACUACAUGUUUAGCUCACAGAGGGACAUUGCAGCCUGUGGCAAUGACGACUCUCGUUCCAGUAAUGACAAUGAUGUCCUGCAGCAGAUGUCUUCAGGAGGCAUGCAGUCCCCCGAGAAUGAGUCCAAGUUCCCUCCUCCAUCCCAUCAUUCAUUAGGAAAGCCACCAUUUGCCCGCUUCCCAGGAAAACGGAGGUUUGGCGGCGUGGGACGAGCGAGAGCAACUAGUGGAAAGUUUGCUGCCAAACGGAGGGCGAAAGCUGUCGAGCUCCGUAGAAAGCGAGGACCAAAACCCAAGCUCAAGUCCUAUUAUCCCUGUUGGAAUGUUUCUCAGGGAGCCGCUGCUGGCACUCCUGAAGCCAAAGAUAAGCAGGACGAGUCACAGAACAAGAUGGUUCUCUUCUCAGCCAACGAUAACUUCGUCUUGAGCCAGGACCUGUGUGCCAUGUGUGGGAGCUUUGGACGGGCCGAAGAAGGCAGGCUCAUCGCAUGCGCCCAAUGUGGGCAGUGCUACCAUCCUUACUGCGUCAAUGUCAAAGUGACGAAGAUGAUCUUGAAGAAGGGGUGGCGCUGCCUGGACUGCACGGUGUGUGAGGGCUGUGGCCAGCCGCACGACGAGAGCCGGCUUUUGCUUUGCGACGAGUGCGACAUCAGCUAUCACACGUACUGCCUAUCGCCGCCUCUCGAGACGGUGCCCCAGGGAAACUGGAAGUGCCGAUGGUGCGUGGUUUGCAUCCAGUGUGGGGCCACCGAGCCAGGCUAUGGCUCACAGUGGCAGAAUAACUACACCCAGUGCGGUCCUUGUGCCAGCCAGACUUCGUGCCCUCUGUGCCUGCUCAAAUACCAGGAGAAUGACCUCGUCAUCCAGUGCGUCCAGUGUGAACGCUGGAUGCAUGGUCUAUGUGACCAAAUUUCCUCGGAAGAAGAUGCGGAGAAGUGUGCUGAGUAUGGUUACAACUGCCCCUACUGCCGUCCCAAGGACGAGCUGCCACCUCAUCUGCUGAUAGACCACACUGCUGCCAUGUCGCCAUCACCGCCACCGCCUCCUCCAAAGCCAGAGACUCCCCCACCUUCACCACCACCGGCACCAACCGUGAAGCCAGUGAAAGAACUGGAGCCACCCCCAAUGCCCGUGAAGCAGAAGCCGACGGUGCCGCAGUUCUACAUGGACGGCGUGUACCUGUCAGAGUCGGGCAUGCAGCAGAUCAAAGCGCUGACCAUCGAGCAGCCCAAGCGGCAGCGAGUGCGACGGCCGCGCCAACCCUCGGGGGGCCAACCUGCGGCUCCGCAGGGCAGCACGACAACGCCGCCGCAGUCUUCCCUAUCGGCUGGCCUGUUCGGAUUCAGAAGCAGGCUCUCGACAGAGGACUCUGAAGACGGCAGCAAAGAUCUACCCGACAUUGAUGUAGAACCUAAAAUGGAGGUAGAUGAGGAGACAAAGUUAACUUCCGAGGAGGUUGCCAAACAAGAUGCUGAGAGCGAGCUGAAGAAAAAGCGCCAGCGCAAACUUCAAAAGCUUGGAAUCGGAGGAUUUGUCGCAAAAGCCAGAAGUCGGAGCGUCUCCGCCAAGGAACAGGAUGUGACGUUGCCUUUGGCCGGAGCUGGGGAGACAAGUUCAGAGGCAGCGCUUGCUGCGCUCUCUGGAGACGUGGCCGCCCCAGCCCCUGAGCCAGCAGCUGAAGCAACAGGCACAACGGCAGAGAAGCCCAAGCGUCGGCGGCGAGUGAAGAAGAAAAACCCUUUGGAAGAUAGCUUUCCCUCAUACCUUCAGGAGGCGUUCUUUGGCCACGAGCUGCUUAUCACAAGCCGGACAGAACCAACUCCUGACAUGCCAAGUGAGGAUGAUGAGGAUUCUACUCUAGGGCGCUCUGAGGAUAACUCCAUCGUUGUCCUGGAGACAUCGCAGGAGAAAUCGGAUGAUGCUUGUGUUCCGUCGGACAGUGGCGCCCCCUCUCCUGCUCCUCAUACCGCUGGUGGGAGCAAGGGAGAGAGCCCUGCUCUCCAUGACGACGGUACCUGUACUCCCAUCAAGACUGGAAGUGACGAUGAGGACUUGGGGCUGAAGGACAUCUUGCCUCAUGACCUCCCUCAAGACGACGAACUGAUGGACAUGCUCAUGAAUGAGGGCGAUGAUCUCUCUAAACAAGGAUCUGGGCUCGACGAUGUUACCCUGAACGAGCACUCGGGCGCUGGUGUGUCAGAGGAGGAGGGCUCAGCUGGUGUCAAGGACAACGACCCGUUGUCCAGCAACAUCGACACAGUUUUGCUGAGCCCUCACUUCAACCUGGUUGACAGCAUGGUGUCUGCUGGCUCAGGGUUACCACAUAUGGACAGCAAGGAUGUUGAAGAUGUCUUCAAGGGUGUGCUUAGCCCCGGUGACAGUUCAAACAAGUUGACGGUCUCCCCAGGUGGACCACCCGAGAGUGUGGGCUCCAUGGGUGCAUCGGCCGCCAGCAUGUCUCCCCUGCCGCAGCAGCAGCAGCACGGUGCCUCGGGAUCGCGACCUGCACCCGUGAUGCAGAACCCGCUUACUCCGGCUAGCUCCCACAGCGUGGGCUCGCCCUUCAGCAUGCCGUCCCCAUCACCUUUCCCCAUGGAGUACGGCAGUCCUCAGCUUUCUGAACCGCCCCCAAGCCCUUGGAUGGACCCUGACGCCGACCUGCCAUCCUCGGGAGGCCAUAAGAACAUCCUCAAAUGGGAGAGUGACGAGGCCCUGGGAGCUGGGGCCACUAUCUCGCCCGUUCUCUAUGCCAAUCUCAACUGCCAGAGCCUGCGCUUGGAGUACCCAAGCUGGGUUGAGCGAUCCAAACAGAUCGCAAAGAUUUGGAGAAACCUGCCUCCCGAGAAACGACAGCCGUACCUCCAAAAAGCGAGAGAAAACCGGGCGGCCAGUCGCAUUCAGAAGUCACAGGACCCCGGUAAGGUUGCGCGCGAGCAGAAGUCGCCACGGGAACUGGAGCAGGAGCGACAGUGGAAGCAGCUUCAGCAUGUUCGACAGCAACAGCAGCAACAGCAGCAACAACAGCAACAGCCUCCUCCACCAUCACAGCAGCAACAGCAGCAACAGGGGCAACAACAACAGCUUCCUUCGCAGCUGCAGAUGCAGCACCAGCCACAACCACACCUCAUGGCUGACCAACAGAGAGCUGCCGUGGGGAAGAGCCACCAGUUGAUGCUGGGAGAGACCUCUCCAGCUGGGUCCCUCUCGCCUUCUGCUCCUUCGCCAACUUCCUCACAGCUGAUUGGAGCCACUGCUCAGAGCCCACUGUCUCCUGCGCAAGCGCAACGCUCACCCGGCCCUGUGCGCAUUCCCUCAGCACCUGUGAGUCCCCUGAUUCAGGUGUCUCGAGUGCGUCCCCCCAUUGACCCCAGCCGCCUGCCUCCCUCGUCGCCCGAUUCGUAUGGACCUGCCCCCGUGCCCCCACCUCCUCCACCACUGCCGGGGCAGCCGGGCAGCGGGCCAGAGCGUUUCCUCCAGCCACUCAGGCCCCCUGGGCUGGCUGCCCCACCCCAGCGAGGACCCCUUCUACGCCAACCCUCCCAGGAUGAGUCGGCACCGCCUCCGCCACGAAGCACGCCACCCCACACGCCCUCGCCAACUGCCAGGGCACCGCCCGCCAUGGACCCGUAUGCCCAGAUGCCAGGCACGCCAAGGCCAACUCCGACAUCCGAUGGAGGCUACCAUCCUGGAUACAUGCGAGCUCAAGCUGCAGCAGCGGUUGCUCCGAAAAUGACCAGGCCCGCAGCCACUUCUGACCCGUAUGCUGUGCCUCCUGGGACACCUAUGCCUCCAGCAUCUAUGUCCGAACAACAGCAACAGCCACAGUACUCGCCACAGCAAGGUUAUGGAACGAGUCCACGAGCAACUCCGCAAGCUACACAAGCUCCCAUGGAAGGGCUCACAAGUCAACCGCAACCACCAACUCCCCUUCAGCAGCAGCAGCAGCAGCAGCAGCAGCAGCAACAACAGCAGCAGCAGCAGCAACAACAGCAGCAGCAACAGCAGCAGCAUCAGCAGCAGCAUCAGCAGCAGCAGCAACAGCAACAGCAACAGCAGCAGCAACAACAACAGCAGCAGCAGCAGCAGCAACAACAGCAGCAGCAACAGCAGCAGCAGCAACAACAGCAGCAGCAGCAGCAGCAUCAGCAGCAGCAGCAAUUGUCCCAGCAGCCACAGCAGUCACCACAACACCAGCCACAGCCCCUUCAGUCUCCAUCAGCACCCCAAGCACCAGAGCCCUUUGGAGGCUCGGCUGAUCCGUACGCAAGGCCUGUGGCGACGCCGCGUGUGCCAUCCUCUCCGAGUGCAGGCACCCCUCCAGGUGCCGCCGGGGUGCGGCCAGAUGAGAUGGUCAUUGGUGGGGGGGAGCAGGUGUUGGCAAGGCAGCAGCUUCGGGACUUGCUGCAGCGCCAGAUGAAGAAGGACCACCUGGGAGGGCCACCAUCAUCCCCCCUGGCACCCCCACAACAAAAGCUCUCCCAGCAGUGGCCUCCACCGCAGCAAGCCAUGCAGCUGGGCAUGGCAUUGCAAGGGAACCGAAUGGCUAUGGCAGGACCUGGAGAGCUGGGGUUUCGCACUCCGCUUCCCCCUGGAAUCAUGGCUUCCCGUAUGGCCUCUGUCGAGCACCAACAGCAGCAAUUGCAGCAGCAACAACUGCAACUACAGCAGCAGCAGUCGCAGCAGCAGAAGUCCCUGCCACCACAGCAGCAGCAGCAGCUGCAACAACUGCAACAGCAGCAGCAACUACAGUUGCAGCAACAGCAGCUGCAGCAACAGCAGCUGCAGCACAAACAACUCCAACAGCAGCAGACACAACAGCCAGCCCAGCAGCUCCAUCCUGGCCAGCAGGGCUUUCCGCACAGUGGCUUGCUAGCCGAGCCAAGAGACCCCCAGCAACAGCAACAGCCACAACAGCCUCAGCCACAGCCACAACAGCCAGGAGCCGUGCGGCCCCAGAUCAAUGAGGCCCGGCUCCGGAUGCUGAUGCUCCACCGGCAGCAAUUAAUGCGCCAGCAGCAGUGGCAGCAGAUGCAGCAGCAGCAGCAGCAGCAGCAGCAACAACAACAGCUGCAGAGGCCACCAAUAAAUCGCCUGGAGCAAUUCGACCCACAGCGGGCGGCAGCCAUGCAGGCGCAGGCACAACACAUGGGCAUCCCACCGCAGCACAUGCCAGGGCCAAGGCCAGCGAUGUUCAGGCAGCAACUGCCACCAUCCAGUGGAUUUCCAGAUGGUGCUCUGUUGUCCAAGGAAGGGAACCUGAUUCAGAGCAGCGCCUUCCCUGCACAGGGCACUUCACAGCAGAGCUUGGUGGGCAGCAUUACAUCGGGAGAAGGCCAGCCUGGUCAGGGUGGUAUGCCAGAGCCACCCCAGCAGCCCUCUCAACAACAGCAGCAGCAGCAACAGCAGCAGCAGCACCAACAGCAGCAACAGCAGCGACCUGCCCCAGCUGGCAGUAGCACUGAUGCUGCAGCAACUGCUGUUGCUGCUUCACCUGCUGCUGGUGCCAAUGCUCGCUCGGAGAGCUUGGAAUCCCAGCCGGCGAAGAAGAAGACUGCGGGGGACUUGGUGAAAGAAGUUGAGGCCCAGGGUGCUGAAGACCAAGAUGAUGGGGGUGCUGACAUGGAGGACGACCUGGAUGACGACGAACUUCUAGGUCUUGGAAACGAUUUCAACAUACUUGAGUAUGCUGACCCGGAGCUGGAUCGGGCCUUUGUAGGAGAAGGCGAAAAGAGCAAUAUCCUCGACGAGCACCUUGAUCUGGACGACAAAGAAGACGACCUGGAUGAAGUCGGGCGUCAGGAAACGGACACCAAAGACGAAGAUGGAGCCAUGCCCCAGGAAGGUGGGGGCGUUAAACAGGAACCCACGGUCAAGGAAGAGGGGCGGAGGAUGGAAGACCGCAAACCAACGAGUUUGGGCUUUUCAACGUUUUCAGCAGAAGGUAAUGUUUCAAACCAACAGCAACCUGCGCUAGCACAGCAGCAAGAACAGCAACAGCAGCAAGGACAGCAGCAGCAACUCAUGCAGCGUCAACGUCAGCAGCAGCAGCAGCAGCCACAGCAGAUUCCCAAAAUGCCCGUGUUUGAGAAUCGGCCACCUAUGAAUGUGGUGCCUACAGCAUCCUUCACAAUGUCGGCGCAGCACCUGGGUCUCCGGGGGAUGCGACCACCACCGCCUUACACGGGCGGCUCUGGUGCCAUGCCAGGUGUUCGCAUGAUGGCCCAAGCCAUGCCGGGGGUGGCCAUGAGUCACCUGAGAGGUUCCUUAACGGGCAUGCGUCCCCCAGGAGCCGGUGUGCCCGUUGCGGCGGUGGCCAUGGGUGGAAGUCUGAGUGGGCCGCCCGGUGAGCAGCGGCCUUUGCUGCUGCAAGAGCAGCCCUUGCUCCUGGAGGACCUGGUGGAGCAGGAGAAGAGGGAGCAGCGAAAGCAGAGCGGAGAGGCUGCGACGGCAUCCCUGCUGAGUGACGUGGACUUUGAGCGCCUCAAGGCCGACGUACUCUCAGGCCCACCUGAUGACAGCAUUGGAGCACCGGCACCUGUCAUGUCUCAGGCGUCUCUUCUGCCCGCUAUGCCACAACAGCAUCCUGUGAACCCGAACCAGCUUGUGGGCAACCCUGGCCAGCGUUACCACCAGAUGCCGGGUGGGCCAUCCGGCUGGCCUGCAGGCAGCAUGGUGGCAGGCCCACCCCAGGUGGGCGGGCCACACCUGAUGCGCCAGCCCAUGUCCGUGGGGCCAGGAGGGCCCAUGGUGUCUCCAGGUGGAACCAUGCACCUGGUGCGCACCGAGCAGGGUGCCAUCCGCGUGAUGGGGGGCCCCCCUCCCCACAGGCCACCAGACCAACUCGGACACGUUGGCCCUCACACUGGUGUGGCUGGUGGCAGAGGAGCCCUGGCACUGCCAGGCGAGGGAGGGCCGCCACCGGUGCCAUUUCAAAUCCAGACCCUGCCGCCACCUCCUGCACCGUCGCUGUGCAUUGGACAGGACCCGCCGCCGGGCCCGAUGGUGGCUGCCUAUGAGCAGUGGCUGGCGCAGCAGGAGGCGCUGCUCUCCUCCCAGAAGAAGGCCCUCGAGGGUGAUGUUGGCAAGCUGCGCAAGGCCAAGAAGGCUCUGAGCACCAAGCAGCGGCAGCUGGCCAAGACAGGCCAGGAGCUGCCCCAGCACAACGCUGCUGAGCUGCAACGCAUUGCGCAGGAGCAGCCUGGCAUGCAGAAGAACUUAGACCAGCUGCGCAAGCUGUGUCGGCAGCACAGCAUGGUGAUGCAAGAAUACCGUGCCAAGCAGCAAAAGUGGCAGCAGCACAUGCAACAGCAACAGAUGCAGCAACAGCAGCAGCAGCUGCAGCAACAGGGUGGCCAGUUGCUGCAGGGUGCCAUGAUGUCGCAGGGCUCUCCCAUGCACCACAUGGGAGGUGGACCACCCAUGGCAUCCAGUUCGGGGCCCAGCAUGGGGCCCAGCUUGUCCCGGAGCAUGUCGCCUGCCAUGUCACCCGGGAUGUCGUCUGCCAUGAGUCCCAUAGUGGCUGGCGCCGCACACCAGCAUGCAGUGUCUGUGUCCACUGGUGCCGGGGGCGUGACCUGCGGCCCCCCACGCUCUCCCAUGCCACCGCCCUCUUCCCCAAUGGGAGGCCCUUCCCCAUCCCCUCGGAUGCAGCAGCCUCCAACGUCCCCUAUGGCCUCUCCCCUCCACCAGAUGUCACCACAGCUGCCUUCACCUCGCACCCCAAGGCCACCCACUGUCCACCCCGUGCCGCAGGAUGAGCCCGGCAUCUUGGGAGAUGGCUUCCAACUGCGAGAAGGCAUUGAAAAAGGCCCUCAACAGCAGCAACAGCAGCAGCAGCAGCAUCAACAGCAUCAACAACAGAUGAUGUCAAGCAUUGUGCAAGGACUACUGACACAACAUUCACCACUUCAUGAAGGAGAUCUUGAAGACUUCCAACAGCACCAGCAGUCACAGCAGCACCACCAGCAGCAACACAUGCAGCAGCAGCGGCACCUGCAACAGCAGCAGCUGCAACAACAACAGCAGCAGCAGCAGCAGCUGCAGCAGCAGCAGCAACAACAACAGCAGCAUCAGCAGCAGCAACAAAUGCAACAGCAACAACAGAUGCAGCAGCAACAACAACAACAGAUGCAGCAACAGAUGCAACAGCAACAGCAGCAGCAGCAGCAACAGCAGCAGAUGCAACAGCAGGAACAACAAAUGCAGCAGCAUCAACAACAAAUGCAGCAGCAGCAGAUGCUGAUAAAGCGAGAGGACGGCUCUGCAGGCCCUCCAGUCAGUCAUGGUGUGCGCAUGGUCCCCCACAUGGGAGCCAGGCCUCCUUUCCAACAGCACGAGGGCCAGCAUGUUGUGCUGCAUCCACGCUUUCCAGGAAACCCGCCAAUACCUCGCUACCUCAGCCGCCAAGGUGGGGAUCCAGUUAGCCAGCAUCCGCCAGGCCAUCCUUACCUGCAGCGUACUGGAGGCGUUCAUCCCAUGAUGAGGCCUCCACCUCCAUACCCAGAUCACCUCCGAAAGCCGCCACCUUCACCGGCCAUUUCACCAAGCCAUGGUGGCAUGCAGCCUGAAAGUAGUGGGAGUCCAGACCCAUCACGCACGCCACCGUCACUCUCGCGUCCCAGCUCACAGCCAGCCCUUCAGUCUCCAGACCCACGAUCGUCACCCAUGGAGCGCCAUUUCUCACCUGGGACACCGUCAAGCUCCUCCAGCCUGCCUCAGCGCUCCCCAGCAGUGCCGGCACCUGGACCAGAGGAUGGGAGAGGUGAUGGUGAACGCUCCGUUGAAAGCCUGUCUGACUUGCUGUCACGAGUUUCCAAGACUCCCUCUGAGUCCCCGAGCCCCCGAACAGAUGAAGGGCGUCCUUCCAUUGGUGAACCGUCGCCGGGGAGAGGCUGUGUCUCACAGGACAACAGUGGACAGACGCCACCAUUGUCCAAGCAGGAGAGCAUCCUGCAGUACCUCCGAGCUGGCUCUGUCGGCAGCCCAGCCAGCAACUCUAAUUCAUCUCGUGGGAGUGUCGACAGUUUUGGUGGAAUGACUGGAGCUCAGCCAAUGUCCAGUGCUCCGGACACAACACCACGGGCGUCCGAAAGCCCACAGUAUGUGGCCACAUCCGUUUACCAGGGCGUGGUGGCAUCACCUGUUGGGAGCCCAGUCUCAUCAACAUUCAGUACUCAGGGACAAACGAUGACACUGACGGACACCUUUGCUUCAGACAGUAGCGAUGGCAGUUCAUCGAUGCAGGUUCGUACACAAAUGGUACGUGUAAGCCAAGGUAUGAUGGGCCUGCCUACCUCGUCAGCAAGCUUUACACGAAACACUGCAAUGCAGCAGCAGCAGCUGCAGCAGCAGCCACGAAUGCAGUACAUACAGCAGCUACGGCAACAACAGCAACAGCAGAUACAGCAGCAACAGCAGCAGAUACAGCAACAACAGCAGCAACAGCAGCAGCAACAACAGCAGCAGCAGCAACAGCAGCAGCAACAGCAGCAACAACAGCAGCAGCAGCACAUGAUGCUUCAGCAAAGCCAAUACGUACCUCAACAAGGCAUGCUAGUUCGACGCAUUGUGCAGGGCCCACGGCCUGGAGUGCCUGGUUCCUUUGCAGAUAACCAGUUCGCUGCACGUGCACAGAUGUUCAGAGGUGCUGCUCCAGGUAACAACGCAGUGCGCACAUUCGCAGUGCGGCCAGGUGCCGGUGGGAAUAACAAUGCGGGCAAUAGCGGUGGAGGUUUGCCAGGCGGAAGCCCCCACACGGUGGGAGGGGGUCGGGGCCCAACACCCGCAAGCCCUCCCAAGAAUUCAUCGUCAUCGGGAGAUGAAGGAGACGGGGGCACCUCAUCCUCAACACCGUCUCUGCUGCACCGUGCAGGAGAAAGUGGAAGCAGCUCAUUUGGAGGUAGCACAUUCCACGUGGGACCAUCCUCAACUCUGACGUCGUAUGAAGCGGAGCAGUUGGCUACCAGCGUGUUUGUGUCGCUCGACUAUCCUUCCUCUACCAUCACGAGCCCCGACGGCUGCGUGUCCUCGGAAGUCUUACUCAGCUUGGGUGAUGGCUCUCCCGACGUGGCAGCCCUGGCAGCGUCCGAGGACGAAGACGCCUCAGUGGAACAGUCGCGAGUUGCCCUUGUGGUGGUUGGCGAAGAAGGUGAGGAGGAUGGGACCGAAGAUCACGGCAUUGCCCAACAGGAGGAGCCCCUGGACGUUGCCGUCGUCGUGGAGACGGUAGGGACUCUACCGACACCUGAGUGCGAGGCCAGAGAGGAUGGUUCUAGCCCCAGUGGCUCUGAAGGGGGCAUUGAAAUGGCUCUCUCGGGCUGUGGUGAUUUGCACCAUCGCAGCACACCUGCGGGCGACCACAACUAUUCCAACCUGCCUCCGGAAGGCGCAGACAACGAACUCGCCAAGAAAGUUUCUGAUGAGACGCACUUCUUUGACCACAUGAACAUGGGGAUGGAUGUAAAGCUGGAAGACCAUAUACUCAGAAUAGCAGAUGAAAAACCCUGCAUUGAAAAAAUAAUGAACGAAAGGACCACACCACCACAGGUGGUGAAAACGCCAUCUCCACCCCUAGCACCAGUCUCCACCAGUGCCAUGUCCUUCCCAGCAUCAGUGACGCAUACAUUAAAUUUCACUUUGCGACAGACAGGGAUGCCUCAAACAGUGCGGCUGCCUCAUGAUGAAGGGCAGCUUGUGGUGCUUCCUGCCAAGACAGUGGUGCCGGUAGUACCUCAGCUGUCACCAUCUCCCCCAUUGGUCAGCUGUGAGCCCUUGACCGUGAAGACAGAGCCAAUGCCUCCUGUGGGUGCUACCACACCCCCUCUGGUGCUUCGCAUGCACCCAGUGCCCCCAACGCCGCCACCUUCGGUUAGCAGUGCCGUGUGCACUCCUCACAGCGCACCCCUGCGCUGGUCUCGAAGCUCAGAAGUGGUGGCUGUCAAGGAGGAGGUGUUGACUGUGGUGCCCCCUUCCAUGCCACCUACCCCACCACCACCCCCGGCCGUUGUGAUAAAGCAGGAAGCACAUGCGACACCUUCGCCCUGCCUUGUUCCUUGCCAAAAGCAGGAGUCAGAAGACGAGAAUGGCGAAGAGGUUGCUCCUCCAGAAGAGGAGAAAGAGAGCGCUGGGCGGCCAGCCAGCGCGGCUGAGGCGACGGCGGCUGAGGCGGUGGCGAGCCACAAAGAGAGUAACCUUCCUUCCGAUGACGUCCCUCCUCCUCCUCCUCCCGAACAGACACAGAACCCUCCUCUCGCGGCUACCCCUCCGGCCACCAUGGCCGCCCCCGUGGCAAGUCCCCUCCUCGGGCCACUGGCCGUGGACAGCACCAGGUUGUCAGCUAGCCCGACAGCCAGCCCCGCAGCUGCAGCGACUGCUUCAGCACCUCCGGUGACGAUCAAAGUGGAACCUGCCAUGAUGGCCACCUUGGAUUCAGAUGCAUCACCAGCAGCUGCUGCUGUGGAGGAGAGCCCCGUUGUGAAAGCGUGCGAGGGUUCUGUUGAAGAGCCUGAGGGGUCCACUGGAGGCAAGCAGAAUGUCCUCCUCAAGCAGCUGCUGCAGAACUGUCCCUCAGCUGAAACCCACAAGCCGCUUGCCGGAGACCUCCCCGAGGUCGCACCAACCAGCCAGCCAGGAUGCAGAAAAUCUGAGAAUGGUCCUUCGGAGGCUGUGACGCAGGCCGUACCACAGGCAGUUUCACGUCCUUCGAGUCCCCCAAAUGACCGGUGCUCCGCGUCAUCUGAUCAGGCAGCACCGGCUUUGGCAGAGACGGCGGAGAAUGCCGAAGCAACAACACCAGCCACGACAGCGUCUGCAUCGGAAACGCAGCCCUCGCAGCCAGCAGUGUCCGUGGCUGCUGGCCAAGCCCCAGGGGGAACGACGGUGACGACGACUCCUGCAGAAGGUGGCGACAAACCUGAGGAAACCAAAGUUCGCAAGCUUACAUAUUUGGACAUCCGGCGGGCCCAGCUGGAGCGCGAGCCCACGCCCCCUCCGCCGUCAGCUGAGGACCUGGCCUUGCGGCGUCAGCAGCAGCGCAAGCGGCCCAAGAAGCCGCGGCCACCCCCGUCGGCCCCCUCUAGUUCGGAGGCCACGGGGGCAGGCCCCGACGGGCCCCGCCCACCCUCCUCUUCUCAUGGAGGAGGCGGGGCCGCCAGGGCCAAGCGGCCGCGCAAGGGUUCGCGUGCCGACGAGGACUAUGAGGUGUACCUGGAGGCCCUUAUGGGGCGCAUCAGAGCCCUGCCGCCCGUGCGCAUCCUGGAGCCGCACAUCCGGCCGAACUUCAAUGUGGGCGCCGUUUUCGGGCGUGGGGACCUCAACCUUCGUGAACCUGUGCUGAAGGGCAGCUACGGCCGAGCAUUCCUGCCGGGCCAGCCGGACCCGUACUCUGUUUUGCCCUUUGGUGAUCGGGCCCCUCCUCCCUCAGCCCCUUCCUCUGCCGUCACACCCUCCCCGACCCCGCUCCGGGGCUUCUACAACCAGGAGUUCUCCAUGCAUACCAGAGUAACUUCCGGUGGCGCGGACUCCAAUAGGUGCCGUGAGGCAGACAGUCCCGACACAAUCGUGGGCGCCUCGUCUCCAGAGUGUGCCAUGUUCGAGGCUCCCUUCCAGUUCCGUAGCCUGCAACUCGUCGACGAGGACAGCAACGACUCUGCCAGAUCCCUUCCUUCGCCCACGGUGCCCAUUGUCGCGCCCAUUCCUGUAAAAGCCAUACCUCCUCCACAACCACCACCUCCUGCUCCCUUGAAAAUCCUGAUGGACGAGAAGGACAAGGAAAACACCUUCCCGGGCGACAAGCUGGGGCUCUGUCGCGGGCGGGGCCUGCCUGGAGCAUUUGGCGGUGGGCCCCCUCCUGUCCCUCUGCGCGAAUCUGGAAACGUGUCCGUGACGCUAACACUGACUUCGGAGGCAGCUGGCGACAUCCAGGGGCUACUCUGCUCACUCGCCAAGCUGCUACAGGUGGAGCCACCGUCGUCCUAUGACAUCAUUGAGCGCACCACCACGCCACCCAGCCAGAAGCUGGGGCUCUACAAACACAAUAACAAACAUGUGACGUCAGUGGAGGAAGCGGAGUACUUGGUGGACGGGAGGCAGCGCUUUUGCCGACAUUGUGAGAUCAUGGUCUCUAAGACUGGUAUGGUCAAGAAGCAGGCGUCAGAACUUAAUCUUGAGUCGGGAGUGCCCAAGGAGGACGGGGACGAAGAGGCAGUUUAUUUUUGCUCCAGCAAUUGCUACAUGCAGUUCGCCCUCGCGCACCGAACCCCUUCAUCGGCUGCAGCUCCCCAGCGAAAGGAGGCCACGGUGGUGUGCCAUGCCGCCAAAGACGAGCACGGUGGCUUUCGGGGCGAGUGUUGCAAGGAGCGACUGAUGAACAAGAUGGAGGAAGAUGAGGAGCCCUGCAUCAAACAGGAAGAGGACGGCAGGGUCACACCCCAGGAGGAGACGCGGGCAAGCACCGAGGACAACACCUCGGAGGGCCGCUUGCUCGCCGACGAGGAGGACAGCGAAACAAGCAUGGACUCCACCCACAGGAAAAGGGUAGCUCGUCAUUCGAUUAGCAAGGAACAGGAACCUAUGGUCAAGAAGUGGAAGGAUGUUCGGUGGAGGCUGUGGUCUGUCGACUUGGUAGGCGUCACGAAGUAUGAACCUCCGUCGGAAGAGGAAGUUGGUCAGCUGUUGGAUGCUCAGGACAUAUUCCUAAAGCCCGAGAAUCCUGUAGAAGACACAAGGCAGUGCAUCCUGUGCCAUGACAUUGGGGACGGGGAGACCAAUGGCCCUGCCAGGUUGCUGAACCUGGAUGUAGACCUGUGGGUACACCUAAACUGUGCCCUGUGGUCGCAAGAAGUGUACGAGACGUGUGACGGAGCACUGAUGAACGUGGCCUCUGCCUGCCGCCGGGCGCUGCUGGUCACUUGCAGCCGGUGCCAUCGCACGGGUGCUUCACUGCACUGCUUCCGAAUGCGCUGCCCCGCUGCCUAUCACUUCCCCUGUGCCACCCACGAUGGUUGCUCCUUCUACAAGGACAAGACCAUCCUCUGUCCUCAGCACACGCCUCGUGUCCCAAACCUUGAGAACGUUCUUGAGUCGGUGGCCGUUUUCCGCAGGGUGUACAUAAGUCGCGACGAGCACAAGCAAGUUGCAAGCAUGUUUCACAAGGGGGAGCAGAAUCUCCUGCGAGUGGGCAGCCUCAUCUUCUUGAGCAUCGGACAGCUGUUGCCGCACCAGCUGCAGAACUUCCAUACACAGAAUUGCCUAUACCCUGUUGGGUACAAAGUAGUGCGCAUCUAUUGGAGCAUGCACAAGCUGGGUGCACGGAGCCGCUACACGUGCAGCAUUCACGACGUAGAUGGCCAGCCACAGUUCCAGGUCAAGGUGUCGUACAAAGGCCAGGAGAAGGUGCUCACUCAUCGCACACCCAAGGGUGUGUGGCAGAAAGUCCUCCAGCCCAUCGAGAGCUUCCGCAGGGAGACACAGGCCAUCAAGGUCUUCUCCAACUUCAUCACGGGAGAAGACCUCUUUGGGCUGACAGAACCCGCAAUUGUAAGGAUCACUGAAUCGCUUCCGGGUGUGGAGACGCUGAGUGAUUACAACUUCCGGUAUGGGCGGUCACCACUGCUGGAGCUUCCACUGGCCAUCAACCCAACAGGCUGUGCACGGUCAGAACCAAAGUUGCGCACCCAUUUCAAGAGGCCCCACACGAUGCACACGAGCAACACGCUGCGGCUCUCACUGCAGACCCUUGGCGGUGGCGGCGGCGGCGGCAGCUGCUUGGAGGCCAGCUCCCCUUACACCAAGCACUUUGUGCACCCCAAGUCGUCCCAGUAUCGGCGAAUGAAGAUUGAGUGGCGCAACAAUGUUUACCUGGCCCGCUCAGGCAUCCAAGGCCUGGGUCUGUACGCUGCCCGCGACAUCGAGUGUCACACCAUGAUCAUCGAAUACAUCGGCCAGCUCAUCCGCAACGAGAUCGCCGAGCGUAACGAGGCCAUCUACGAGGCGCAGAAUCGUGGCGUGUACAUGUUCAGACUGGAUGAAAAUCGUGUGAUUGAUGCAACCCUGUCUGGUGGCCUUGCACGCUACAUAAACCACUCGUGCAGCCCCAACUGUGUUGCCGAGCUCGUGCAGAUCGACCGCGAGAACAAAAUCCUCAUCAUCGCCAACCGCCGCAUCACACGCGGUGAAGAGCUGACCUAUGAUUACAAGUUCGACUACGAAGAUGACGGGCACAAGAUCCCAUGCCUCUGCGGUACUUCAAAUUGUCGCAAAUGGAUGAACUAAUUGUGAAGACAUUGAUUUGUGGACAGAGCGUUUUCACUCAUUUAUUUACACCACAGACUGUUGUACUUGCAGUGUAGACGGCUCCUUGUUUAUUAGUCUGUGCAUGGCUCUUUAUUGCUAUGCGGUGGGCAUUGGACACUGUAUAUGUUGAUGUUAUUUUUUGUGUACAGUCUUCUUUUUUGUUAUUGUUUUCCUUGUGUUAUUUACACUUAUGUUAAUGCUAAUUGAUGCAUGUAUGCCACUGGUAAGGACUUCAAAAAGAUUGCCAGACAUCUCGUUGUUUUCUUUCUGUCUCUUUAUUGUUUUAUUUCUUUAUUCUAGCGCCCAUGUAAAUUUUAUACAUAGUGACUUGCACCCAUCUUAAUGACUCACAAUGGUCCCAUUUGAUAGUGUAAAAGUGUAUGACAUGUGCUGCGACAUUAUUGUCUGUAUUGUUGUAAUUUGCGCCUCCUUGACCUGUGCUAUGUACUAUAAUGGAGCAGUCAAGAAAUCUGUAGUGCAAUAUAUGUUUAUAAAAUGAACACUUGUAUGUACA